CUUUAUUUGUUGUUAAAAUGAUGAACAUGUAACUUAAAACGUAGCUUUCACUACAUGUAAAUCACAAUGUGGGAGAAGAAAAGUACCACGGGAUACUGCACUAAGUUAAUGCAACCUUGGAAAAAGAGGGACAGUUAAAGGACAGAAUAGGUCUUUUAAAACUACUUUUAAGAAAAUUAGCAGAUGUUAGUGAGGAUGUAUUGUCCGAUAAUGGAUUAACAGGUAUGGGUUAUCGGGAGGCGCUGACUGAAAGGCUAGUUUAUUAGCAUAGCUUUGAUUACAGUUGUUUCUAAAUACGUGUAUGCUACCUUAGUAAGCCUACACAAAUAGCAAAGCAACAUACCCAACAGUCUUACAUCGCAUUGGUUAACUGGAUGGCUGCCGAUGCUAGUUUUGUGGUCAUCGACAACUCUAACCUACUUGCAUUGGCACACAGUAACCAGUAACUAACUAGAAUGUCAGUAACUAGAUGUGCCAUAUGGUCGAGCUGUAAGCAUUGAUUAGUGUGGUCUGUUCUUAAUUGGAUUAACAAACGCCUGUUGCCAAAGGCACCCAUCAAAACAUUGUAGUAGCUUUACUUUGCCAUGCACUACUCUGUUAUAGCGGGAGCUAAAGCUAGCAUAUACUUUACACGUAUAGUGCCCCAUAAUGCCCAAUUUUUUUUAACUAGAUAGGUAGCUGCAACUCGGUUAUAUUUUAUACUAGUUCAAACUAGCUCAACUAGUAGGUGAGUUGAAUAGAGGAAAAUAAAAUAAAUAAAAAAAACGUCAUUUUGACCAGUAACCAUGUCAGUGACUCUUCCAAAAAUAAACAAUGAUGAGUAAGGUAAAUCUAAAAAUAAAUCAGUAACUGUGGCUAAAAUAUAUGGUGAACAAUAGUUAAUUAGUUAAUAAAUUAAUGGAGUGGAGCAAAAAGUUGGGAAGAGCAGGGACAAUUGUAAAGAGUCAAAACACUUAAGUGAUGAUACACUGCUCAGCACAUAUUUUCUCUUUGCCAGAUCACCAAACUGUCAAUAAAAUAGAAAAAAAAAAUGUUAUAGAAUUUAUUUGAGAGGGGGAUUUUUUCUUCUCACAGAUAUUAACUUAAAUUUUAGUUCUUAUAGUUAGCAUCAAAGCACAGAAUGACAGUUGAAAUUAGAUCUAACAUUUCACAUUGUCCAUUUCAACACCUACACCACUGUUGUCUGUUAUUGACUCAGCAGUCAUGUAUUUAACCUCUGAUAAAAAUGUCUUGUAUGAAAAGGAGCCUGAGGUCAGAGCUCAACGUCCAGAAGCAGAAGUAAAGGGACCACCCAUCAAUGGCCGAUCACACCCCUCGGCUUGAUUUACUGUGACAGAGAAACGAGAAGAACAGAAAUUCAGUAGUGUACUGCCAUGGAGGACUCUGAACAGAAACCCGCUACCUUGGAGCAGAACCCGGCAUCUAGUCCAGCACACAGUCCAGUUCCCAGUCCGGUGCCCACUCCAGCACCCAGCCCAAUGCUGGACAGAAUCACUUUGGCCGCAGCAAACCAUGUUGAGCACCUAAAUGUGAACCAGAUCCAUGUUGUGGUACGGCGGUGUUCGACUCCAAAUAUAACAGAGGAGACCACUUAUUUUAUACCUCGCAACCCUGUGGUGGAUGCUGGCACCAACACGGACCCACCUGUGGUUUGUUGCCCUUUACUUCACAGAUUUUGUCCUUGUCCACCAAGAGGUCUUCUUGCUUCUAUCAUUACCAAAAUCCUGUUGGCUGCUGUGCUCUUUGGGGUGGUUUGGUCCAUAACAGAAGAAGAAUGUCUUCCAGGAGGAAACCUGUUUGGCAUAACAAUACUCUUCCUUUGUGCACUCAUUGGUGGAAAAUUGGUCGUUCUCAUCCGACUACCAAAAGUUCCACCAUUCCCGCCACUUCUUGGUAUGCUCCUGAUGGGUUUCCUGCUGAGGAACAUCCCUGUGGUAACAGAUGGGGUGUACAUUGACUACAGGUGGUCUGCUUCUCUGAGGAACAUUGCUUUGGCUGUCAUCCUGGCCAGAGCUGGUUUGGGGUUGGAUCCCAAGGCUCUGAGAAAACUCAAAUCUGUUUGCAUACGUGUGGCAGCUGGGCCCUGCUUAGUAGAGGCCUGCACUGUGGCUCUCAUCUCUCACUUCCUCAUGGGCUUGCCCUGGGUGUGGGCCUUCAUCCUCGGCUUUGUUUUGAGUGCUGUAAGUCCAGCAGUGGUGGUUCCCUCCAUGCUGCUGCUUCAAAAAAAUGGAUAUGGCGUGGAGCAGGGCAUCCCCACCUUGCUGAUGGCUGCAGGCAGCUUUGAUGAUAUUCUUGCCAUCACAGGGUUCACCACAUGCUUGGGCAUGGCCUUUGCCACAGGUUCCACUUGGUACAACCUCCUUCGAGGUGUACUGGAGGUCAUUGGAGGGAUGGUUGCUGGGAUUGUCCUCGGCUUCCUGAUUCAGUACUUCCCUAGUGUUGACCAGAAACAUGUAGUGAUGAAGCGGUCCUUCUUGGUGUUGGGUCUGUCUGUCUUUGCCGUGUUUGGCAGUGGAGUGGCAGGCCUUCCUGGCUCUGGAGGCCUCUGCACCCUGGUGUUGGCGUUCCUGGCUGGCCUCGGCUGGGGAUCAGAAAAGGCACGUGUGGAGGAAGUGGUGGGGUGGGCGUGGGACGUGUUUCAGCCACUUCUGUUCGGACUGAUAGGGGCUGAGAUUCGAGUGUCGGAGUUGGAGGGACACGCAGUUGGUCUGGGUAUAGCCUCUCUGCUCAUUGCUCUGCUGGUUAGGGUGCUGUUCACCUUUGUGUGUGUGUUGUGUGCUGGGUUUAACUUAAGGGAAAAAGUGUUCAUAGCCCUAGCAUGGAUGCCUAAAGCAACAGUGCAGGCCGCAAUAGGCUCCACAGCUUUAGACAUGGCCAGAACAAAGGAUGACAAGCUGCUACAGAAGUACGGCAUGGACGUGCUGACUGUGGCUGUGCUCGCCAUUCUCCUCACAGCACCCGUAGGAGCUCUUAUUAUAGGGCUCUCUGGGCCUCACAUGCUCCAGAGACCGAAGAACUCAGUCUGUGGUGAGCGAGUCAAACCCAAUUUAUCAGCAUUUUUCUUGGGGACUGCAGCAGGAAGUGAAGAUGACAAUGAAAGUCCAGUCACCUAUGAGAGUACACUUUGACAUUCAAAUCCCUUGAAAGAGGACAUUACAUAAGACUUCUCACACCUCCGAUGCUGAGCUGCUCUCUAGCCACCAAGGGUCUUUCCGAUGGUCAGCGCCUGCUGUUUGAAUCAGCCAGUAUUUAUAGCCUCUGGUGGUUUCCAGUCCCUACGUUCCGAACAAACGACCCAUGUCCCACUAUCUGCACUGUCAUGCUGUAUGAACGCUGUACAAGAGGCAGUAAUGUGUUUAGCUCUAAAUGAACAUUUAAUCAGCUAUAUGGUAUUAGCAUAAGGCAAAUGGUUUACAUUUUGUAAGGAUGGACAUAAUCAUAUGUAAUCUAGUGUUUGCCCAUUUUUUAUGACUAGAAUUAUUUGAACAAUUUAAAAAUUGUCAAGUUGAAACGUAACACUUAUUUUAUAUUUAUAUAUUUGUGUAUAGCCCACCAAAUCACGUUUUUGUGGGUUAUGUGAUGAAAUGUUAAUAGCAGCAGUAAUUUGUUUUAAUUAGAUGACUCAGUUAUGUUUUUCAGUGUUCUGCAGUCUUUAUUUUAAUGCUGUUGUGUUUUAUUCACAAACGUGCUAGCCAUGUGUGAGGGUAAUAAGAAUAGUUUGAAUGUUUUAUUAAGACUCAGGAGAGGUUAGUAAUGCACUUUUCUUUUGUCUACAAUGCUGCUGUAAUAUCUUCACUAUCAUCUACAUGCACUGUGGUUUUCAGUGUCUGCUAAAGCCACAUUUUUAUAAAGAAAUAUAGUUUUCAUAAUUACAUUUUUUACUGCAAAGUUAACAGUUUAACUUUGUUAUUGUUUUCAUUUAUUUGAAUUUUUAUGACAGAAGCUGGAAGUUUGUGUAUUAGACUAUUUAUGGAAAAAAUGACAGUAUCUUUUUAUUUUCUUUUUUUUAAACCAAAGAAUAAAUAAUGAAUGUUUUUUAUAGUCA